CGCCCCGGGUGAGAGGUCGGCGGGCGGAGCGGCGGUGAUGGCGAUGAUGGCGGCCGGGACGGGCAAGCCUCGCGGGCGGCGCGCAGGAAAUAAGCAUUCAGCUGCUCAGAAAAAUGAAGAUGCUGCUCAGAGGAAAGCAGAUCUGGAGGCUGCACUGAGAAACAAGAUUGAAUGUGAGAAAAAAGCCUUGGCUAUUGUUGAGCAGCUCCUGGAAGAGGACAUAACUGAAGAGUUCCUUCUAAAUUGUGGAAAAUGUAUUACUCCAUCUCACUAUAAAGACGUUGUUGAUGAGCGGUCUAUCAUCAAACUGUGUGGUUAUCCUCUGUGUCAGAAUAAGCUGCAAAAUGUGCCAAAGCAGAAGUACAGAAUUUCAACAAAAACGAACAGAGUUUAUGAUAUCACUGAAAGAAAGUGCUUUUGCAGCAACUUUUGCUAUAGAGCAUCUAAAUAUUUUGAAGCUCAGAUUUCCAAAAGCCCAGUGUGGAUGAGAGAAGAAGAAAAACCUCCAGACAUAGAGCUGCUGAAGGAGGGACGGAGUGGACGGUCUGGAGAAGAGGUGAAACUACGUGAUGAAGUAAUUAAAGCAUCUGACAUUGAAAACCCUAGGAUAUCUUCAGAUCCAUGUGAAUCUGGUUCUCACGACACAGCCAGUGACAGCAGUACUGAUACUGAACAAGAAUUUAUUUCUUCUGUCCUACCAGGAAGUCAGUCAAGUUCAGCCAGUUUUGCACAGCAACUGCACAGAAAAAGCAUCCUCAAAAAGAAGCAUGCUCAGAAAGUCCAGGCCAGCCCUAAAACUGAAGAUGCCGGUGUGGUAGAAGCCACUGAACAACUCUCUCAUUGUAAAUUAGACACUCAGGAAGAAAGACACACUUGCUCUGUUCAUAAUGAAGUAACUGCACCACCUUCAGACAAUACUGCUCCUGGGAAAUCAAGUGCUUCAGAAGUCUUUGAAAAUAGAUGUGGAUCACAGAUAGUUUUUCUAGGUGUGAGCAAAAGAGGAGCAGAACAUCUUAAAAGAGUAUUAGCUAAGUCAACAGAACAUAAAAACCCUGAACUGAGGCAUCCAGUUAAUUCUAAAGGCAGUUUACUAGAUGUGCUUAGGCAAACACUUAUGGAAUGGAGAACUGAGGAAACUUUAAAAUUUCUCUAUGGCCCAAACUACACUUCUUUGGGCUCAUCAGAGUGCAUAGCAUGUGUCAGCCAGGAGACUGAAGAGCUUGAUGAGGAUGACUUAGAUACAGCUGAUGAUCUCAACACUGUUGCUGUAGGGGAAUCUGAAAACAGUUUGAACUACUCUUUACCUUUCACAGGCUCAGGUGGAAUAGUUAAGCCUGUGCCUAGUUAUGAAAAAUUAAAAGAAGAAACAGAGUUCCUAGAACUCCGAGUGAGAGAGUUCUAUAAAGGAAGGUGUGUCUUGGCUGAGGAGGCAGCGAGGCAAGCGCAAGCAGGGGGACAUCCAAGCAAAGACAAAGAUGAUCAACAGGAAGAUCUCACCUUCCCACUUGUUGAUUCAAAUGCUCAAAUGCAGAUUAGGAGGCGAAUUGUCCUUGAAAAACUGAGAAAAGCAUUAUCUGCAGUUUUGGGCCCUCUUCACAUUGCUUCAGGUGAUGUCUACACAGAGCUAAAAAAUCUUGUCAAAACUUUCCGGUUAACAAGCAGAAAUAUUAUACACAGAAUGCCUGAAUGGACUCUCAUUGCUAUUGUUUUGUUAUCUGUACCCUAGGUGCCCUUCAUAGUCUGCAGGUCCUUGAAAAGCUGCUGAAAGUACUUAUGUGCCCUUGAGUCCACUGACUACGAAAGAAACCUGGGCUUCUCAUUCAUUGAAAUAACGUGCCUGGAACUGGACAGUGUGACAUGUCUCAAAGUAUAAAAUGUUGGCAAUUUCAGUAGUGGAGAAUUGCAUGUUCCUAGUGAACAGUUGUUUUUAUUCAAUCAAAUUAUUGUAUAAAAUAUGAACACAGCCAGUCUCUGCCUUUAUUGAAAAUCUAGCCUGAGGCACUCCUUUGAAUAGAGCACAUUCAGCAACGCUGAAUGGACCUUGUUAGAGUACACUUUGACAGCCAGAGCUUUAUGUUCAAACAGUGCUAUUCAUGCCUGUCGUGGAGUGUGUGACUCUUAAAAAUUAUCUGUACAUCAAAUUUCUUACAUAUUUGUAAUCUGUAGUAAUUUUGGCAUUGAUUGAUUCUGAUUUCUUCCUGUCACAUUGUUUAGUAUGUUAAAUAGAAUUUUUUGUUGUAGUAAUAACUGCUUUAUAAUGUAUUGUAAACUGGAAUGCAGAAGUUGCAUCUUUUUCUGCCAAAGAACUUUGCAAGAUACCAAAUGAAGCAGAUAAAUAGAUAUAAAUACAGUAGUUCAAGAAAGAAUGGAGAAAGCAGUGGGAGGAUUGGUUGCUAUACAAGCAUGGGCACUUUCUGUUUUUAGUGUAUACCCCUGGCACAGACUAAUGGAAAGCUUUCAAGAUAUUUUCAGGAAAUGUCUGCUUUCAUCUUACUUAUCUGAGCUGGCUGGUUCCAGUGAACUGUGGUCAGCUUCAUCUGCAAAGCCUAUGCAAGAGGUUCCCCCGCUAAAAGCUUUGAAGCAUUUCAAAAUGUUCUGGGAUUAGUUUAUAAGCAUUUGGCUGCAGUAUUUAAACAAACUCAAAAUGACCAUGAUCACUAAACAAAAGCCAUCAUUAUAUGUGUGCAGCCACUUUAGAUAAAUGUGUCAUGUGGAGAUGUACUCUAGAGGUUUACUCUCUUGGAGAUAACAGCUCAGGAACUGGAGAAUCUUGGGUUCAAGUAUGUGUUUUUACUCCUCUGCACACAAGAGCAAUCUAUUGCUCAGCACUGACAUUUCUAAAUCUUUUUAAGAGGAAUUUAGAUGUUUCUGAUAUCGCUACUGUGUUCUUAUCUAAAAGUGUGUGAAUGUUUGAAAUGUAUGAAUCUAAUGUACAAAUACAUAUAGGAUAUGAAUCAGACUUGCAGAGUGACUCUUUUUCCUACAGAAACCACAUACAAGUCAGCUGGUUGAUAUUUUAUUUAGUCUGAUGGUGGAAGUUUGGUUCCAGGUUUCAGCUGAGAAAUAUCAUUUACCACUAACCUGGAAAUAUCCUUGUUUCCCAUUUUGCUCCAACAGAGCUGAGCUUGAAUGCAGGAGCAAGAAUCCGAAGAGUUUUUAUAAAACAUUUGAAUGUGGUUAUAGUGUUGUUUAUCUGUAGAGUUAUAUUAUUGUGUGAAAUAGAGAAAAGGCAACUUUGUCUUAAUGCAUAGAAAAAAAUAUUCUUCCCUUUUUCUCUUAAUUUUAGGCUGUCAUUUGGUAAGUGUGAAUUCAAAUAGAUUUUGUGUUAAGCAGUUCCUAAGUCUUUUAAGCAGUUUUUUCUAUUAAGCUUGCUUACUUAUCAGCAAUUUCUAAGCAAGCUUGAAGCUGCUUAUUUAGCGUAUUGUGGACACGAUCAAUAUUAUCUUAGUUCUUUCUGGCACGUUCCAGUAUUCUUUAGGAAACAUUCACAUCCCAUAAGGGAUUUCAGUGUUGUUAAUUGGGAUAUUAGUCAGUGCCAACUUUAAAAUUAAUUAAAUAUCUUCCUCUUUCAUAAGGGAGAAUAUAGAAGAAACUUGAACAGUUUCCAAGAAGGUGUUUCUCCUAGAACAAAAACCCCCCAGUGUUGCUGCAGUGAUGUUCUGCAGGAAGUGACACUGAAUUUCAUUGCAGCCCAUACAGCUGCAGUCUUUUCCAUGCUGGUAUUCUCCUGGGCAGCCUUCUAAAUGGGCCAUUUGGAUGUGCUGUGUAACUUUCCUAUACACCCAGCACAAACUCUCUGAGUCCAGGAUAAUUAGUUCCUGUUUACAGUGCUGGAGCUUGGCUUCAUCAGCAGGAGUGGAGCCUGCAUGGAGAUAGGAGGGUUGGCUCAGAAAGCUCUCUGCACCUGCCAGCUCUGCUGCCCAGUGCAAGGGAAGAGCAGGGGCAUGGCUGGCUGCCAAGUGUCGUGGAAAUCCCUCCAAGAGAUAGAAAUCUGCAUGUUCCCAGCAGCUGUAUGUGUGGGCAUUCAGACUGCAUCAUGCACAACCAGCAGAGCUGGUGUGCAGAGUGCAUCACCAGCUGUAAAUUGUCCUUUGUGGUGGUGUUCUGAGAAAUCUUUUUGUAGAAUCUAGAAAUAAUUUUAUGUGAAACAUCAUUUUAGGUGAUCUGCUUCAGUCUGUUGGCAAUUUUAUAUCCCAAAUAUAUUUGUAAAUUAAGAAUAUGAUAGUAAGAAAAGUACUUUCUUCUGACACUUUGUUUUAGCCUUUUGUGUGUGUGAGUUGUUGCCACUUGCGCUUCAAGCUGUGACACAGUGUGCCAGAUUUCAGAAGGCUCCUGCAGCAUGUUGACUCACUGGGGAGCUGACUUGGUCAGUGGAGUUCAUGUCCCAUUGAACUUUAUGCCAUAACUAUGAUCAAGCAGAUGGAAAAAUUGCCCAGAGAGAGAACUGUUUUAAAUUAAUGUUUCUUUAAAAGGUAUACUUUUAGAAGAUUUCUUUUGUAAUGUCAUGUUUUUCUUCCUUCCAUAAUGACUGCUUUGCUUAUUGGCAGUCGUGUCAUAAGUAGUACAGUGGCAUAGAAUAGUUGCAUAGAAAAAGUUGUACAGUAGUAGUAAUAUAGACAGCUCUGAACUAAUGCUGCAAGACAUUAGUAAUUCACAUUUUCAGCUGUCCUAAACUUAAUUUUAAACUAAAUGUAUUUUAACUUCAUCCCCUAAGCAAACUGAAAUGUUCAUGUUUCAAGUGAAUCCUGCAACUAUAGCCCUAUGAAAAUAUACUUGCUUCCUCAUUAAUAAUUAAUCUUAAUACAUUCAAAUGCAAACAUUUUUUAUCAUGAAACACUACCCUUCUGUUAAAAGAAACACAUGACUGGCACACACUUGAAUCUUAUAUAAAUUCUAUCUUAGUUAACUUUGUAAAGAACAGGCUACAUUAGUGGGGAUAUAAGCAGUGUUUUUGACUAACAGGAAACAUGACUGUAAGACAAAAAUCCAUAUUAAUUUGGCUUGUUUCUGAAACAAACAAAAAAAAAAAAAGUAGAGAUGCACAUGACUGGAAAAGUUAGUAUAGCUUCCUGUCAUGUGAUGCCCAGGUAUUUUGUGCCAGCAGAGUUUUUAGCAUGGAUUCUGCAUUAAUGUGUUUGGUUCCAUGCAGGUAGUAAUAAUGGUAUCUCUAGUAGGCUGAAUGGUGUUCCUCUUUAGCACCGAAAUAAAUUGUGCCCAAAGUAGAAGUACUGUAUUCCUUAACUCUUCUGAAACCAUUAUAACAGAAAAACUGUGUAAAAAAAAUCCCUGUGAAAGAUCAGUAUUGUUUGAAGUUCUAAUAAUUCUUCUCUUAUGGUGCCUGAUGUGGAUUUUGGAAUGUAAAACCUUACAACACUAAGGGUGUCUAGAAAGGCAUAGAGAUUCUAAUUUCCUUUGUCAUAUUGCUGUUGAAAAUGUCAGGCUUGCCAUGAUAGACAAUAUUUUUUCUGUAAAGUGUAUAAUGGUUUUUAAGGAAGAAGAAUCCUAAAGGUGAUGAAAAACCAUGAAAGCCCUAAAAAUACUGCUUUAUGAUUGUAUUAUGUCUUAGAAAAUAAACUUAUUUGAAUGAUUGAGCUAUGAUAAUUUGCUUGGAUUAACAGUGCUUCACAGACCUACCUAAGGACCUAACUGUCUAUGUCAUUUGGGGAAAACAGAUGCAUUUUAUUUUUCAUAUCAAUAAUGUUAUAUUGGAGAAUAUUAGUGCUGCUAUAGUAUUCCACAGUGGUGAGGAAUAAACUACAAAUUGCUCAGACAUGAAAAUUUGUAGGGGAGAGGAGAAGAUUAACUUAGAGAGGAGCCAAAUUAUUUUUAUGUGAUGAUUGAUAGUGGACAGUACACGGAUGGAGAGUUACUUUUGUGUCCUGAUACUGCAGGAAUCAAAUGCAAAGGCAAUUUGUACUUCUCAUUA